AAAAAAGCGAAAAAAAAAUUAAAAUCAAGUGAUCGUGUUUGUUUUCCUACCUGUCAUUUUAUUAUGAACCAUUUUUGCAGAUAUGUUUUUAUAAAUCUUUUCAGUUCCUUUUAUAAUUAGGUUUUAGUUUUAUUUUUAUAAUUUUUAUUCCGUGUCAUUUUAGACCUAAGUUUUAGCUACUAAAUCAUGCCUGAGUGUAUACCAUGCCCGGCGGCGGCAGCCUGUGCCCCCACAGCUGGGGUGAAGUCUGGGCUUCAGGACGGCAAGCCCAUGGAUGGGAGACAAGAAAACCCUUGCCCAUGCAGAUCGUGCUGUUGUGGGAAAACACCAGCCGUCAAGCCUUGCUACAAGCAACCUAAGAUCCCGGACUCGUAUGCUCCUCGCCGUUGCUACAUGAAGCCGACGGCGCGAGUAGAGUCUGGGACCACCUACAACAUGUCCUAUCUACCGGUCGAAGGCUGCCAGAACUUGCGAGGAGUAGCCAGAAAGCCGGCACCCAACCUGGUGCCUAGCUGCGAGCCUAUGGAGUGCUGUACUGUUCAAAAGCUUUCCUUUCUACCCAACCCGGUCUGCGCUACGCAACCGAUCCGUCCGUGUCACCACGACAUGUGGGGCCAGGGUCCCAUGCAGAACAUCACCACGCAAAGACACGACUACGUACCCAAGCCUUGCGUGCUGAGGGAGAGCUGCAAACCACCAGCCAAGUUUCACUGCGUCGAACAACCGUUUGAGAAUCGCACUAUCAACAAGCUGUCUUACCUCCCCCCUGACAAGAUGGUGCUCACAAAGUCGUAUGCCCCUGAACGUUGUUACGAGAAACCAGCGGCCAGGAUGGAGGGCACCACAACUCACAAGAUGAGCUUUAUGCCCAAUCAGAUAAUGCCGAAAGAGCCGGUGCCGUGGGCUUGCAAGGGACAGUACCAGAAGCCGUGCCAGGCGCUGGAUGUAAACACCACAUACACUAUGAGUUACUUAGACGCGAAGAGCGACUGUCGUCGUCGCGCCAUCAUACCGGACAGCUGCACCAACCCUGUAACAGCCUCCAAGAGAUUCGAAACGCAAACCAUAUACAAGAACAGCUAUUUACCAGCCAAAACUCCAAUCCCUCUACCGGUAAAACCAGCACCCAAUCUAGUGCCGUCCACAGCUCAAAUGGAAGGAGAUACAGUGCAUAAGCUAUCUUUCCUCCCUAACCCGGUUUGCGUGACGCAAGCAAUACGUCCGUGUCACCACGACAUGUGGGGCCAGGGACCCAUGCAGAACAUCACCACCCAAAGACACGACUACGUACCAAAACCGGUCGUGCCCACGGAGAGCUGCAAACCACCCGCUAAAUUCCACUGCGUCGAACAACCAUUCGAGAAUCGUACAGUGAACCGCAUGUCGUACCUGAACCCCGGCAGAAUACCACCGCCUGAGUCGUAUGCGCCCGCCAAGUGUUACGAAAAACCUUCAGCAAAAAUGGAAUGCGAGACCACACAAAAGAUGUCUUAUCAGCCUGUGUGCGUACCAUCACCGCAGCGACCGCCGUGGGCCUGCAAGGGACAAUAUCAGAAGCCCUGCCAAAGAUUGGAGAGCACAACGAUAUACAAAUCGUCGUUCCUACCUCCAGGCGAGGACUGCACUCAGUACAUGGACCCCUGCGCUUAUGGAGACUGCAAGCCUUGCAAUUGCAUAUGCCCAGCGGAGUGCAUAGCGACAGAUCCUUGCGCUUGUAAUUUCCCAAAAGCAGCGUGCUGUAGCUAACGAAACGCCGCCCGGCCAUUUUAUAUCUCCUCGAAAUUUUCAAGAUGGCGUCACACCACGUUUGUGUAUAUAAAUUAAUUCCACAAUUUUCUGUGAUAUUCGUACUUUAGGCCAGUAAAUUGUUAUAUAUUUUAUAUAAUCUACUCUUAAUGUAAAGAUAAAUUAUUUUAUGUAGACUUAAAUAUGGGCGUAAUAUUGGUGUAUUAAUUUAAGAAUCCUUAUGUUUAUCGAGGGUAGUUUGAAAUAGUUGCGAUGCCUACGCCCAAAAUAUACCUUACUAAAGGGGUUAAGAACUUGUAUUGCUUUGAUAAUGACAGAUAAAUUAUGAUUUGUAUUGUUUAUUUGUAUUAAUAAAUUUAUAAUUCUUA